UAAAACGCUGCAUAAUUAAUUAUUACAGUAAAGAUGUCGAUUCUUGGUGAAUACCAGCUAGGCAGGAAGAUCGGUUCUGGAGGAGACGGAAUAGUGGUCGAAAUAAUUCAUUUGCAAAGUCGACAGAAAUUGGCCUGUAAAAUUAUUCCAAGCAAAUCAGUAAAGCAGGAAGAAAUUGAGAUAUGGAGAGAUUUAUCUGGGCAUCCAAAUGUUCUUGGCUUAAGAAAUGUGCAUCGCCACAAAGGAAAAUUUUACAUGAUGACAGAUCUUUGUGAGGGAGGAGACCUGUGUUCUUAUCUCAUAAACCAUGCAAAUGCUCCAUUAUCUCACCAAAAUGCUGCAUGCAUUAUCAAAUCUUUAAUGGAAGCUCUUCAGCACUGCCAUGGAAUGGGAGUUGUACACAGAGAUGUAAAGCUUGACAAUAUACUUUUGAAUUCUCAGACCAAUUUCAGUGACAUAAAACUGGGAGACUUUGGACUAGCUGCUCCUUUUAGCCAAGGAGAGCUUUUGUAUCAUGAUGUUGGAACUUUGCAAUAUGUUGCUCCAGAAGUUUUGUUGUGGGAGGGGUAUUCCAAGGAGGUUGAUAUUUGGAGUGCAGGAAUUGUUUUGUUUUGCCUUCUGACAGGUUGUUUUCUUUAUGAUUCUGGUGAUUCUGAAGACAUAAGAGAACAGAUUAAGACAGCUAAUACACAACUUGAUAUUGAUGAAGAUGUUGGCAUUCCCUCUCAAGCCAAAGAUCUUCUCAAGGGAAUGCUCAACAAAAAUGUCAAGGAGAGGUUUACCACAAAUCAGAUUUUAUGUCAUCCAUGGAUUUUGGAAAAUACUAGCAGACACGGUUAAAAUAUAAUUUCACCAUGGGUUCUGGGAAAUUGAAAAUUUUAGUUGAUUUAUUUGGAGAAAGUUUUUUUAUAUUGUAAAUGAAUUGUUAUU